AUGUCCGAGUUUUUGAAACGAAAGCAGGGCAUCUUGAAACUGGCCAGCUUUUUGGCAGUCAUCCUUCUGUUCCUUCAGAACUUCCUUUUGACGAAACAAGGCUUUCGGAAGGCCCUUGUGCCGACAAAAGUCAGUGUCGAGAAUGAGUACAAUGUCAACAGAACGGACACUGAAUUCCAACGGGAUGCAAACAGUACGGGUGUUGAUGAGCCUGCUGCAUCGAAACGAGUAGACUAUGAGAACCAUGUGCAACCCGACACGUCACCAUCAUCACCGCAAGUUCCAUCCCGUACACCAACCACAGCAGAAGUGUCAGAAGAUGCAGAAGAUGGAGACUGUAUUAGGCGAUGUGCCAAUCGAAAGAAUAGAAUAUACGCCUCCAUUGGCUUUGCUGGAAUGAGCGAUCGUGCAUCGAUCGUUGUCAUGGUGUCGAAAUUGGCUGGUUACUUGUGUGCGGUGGUCGAUUUGCCAGCACCCAUGUCAUCCUUUGCUCGCUCCCACAAUCUGGGCAAAAAGAUAAGGGAAGAAGUUACAUGGGGCGACUUUUUCAAUCUUACCUUUCGUCAAGACGGUUCACAGAGUCUAUAUGACAUUCGAGACAAUCCGAAUCGAUCUUUCACCGACAACACCACUAGACACAAGAGGGGCGCCCUGCUGCGCUUUUACAACAGAUCCAAGUAUCCUCCGGACUGGACAUUAUUGAUAUCCAACAAGUCAAGCAAUCUACUCCACGAUUUCGAGCAACUGCAGCGACAUUCUUGGGAACAUGAAUACGAUGCCGACCGAGGCUUUUUGUGGGAAAUACAUCGGGUAUUGUACAAAUCGGAUUUGCGAAAGGUCGAUAGACUGCCCGGGCUCAAUGAUACGGAAGCAAAGCAACUAUUACGACCCGAACAGACCUAUCAUGAUCGAAUGCGUCCUUCGCUAUUGACUAAGGUACCAGCAUGUCAAUAUGCCUCGCAAACACCAGAAGAAAUGGAGCCAGCUCCACUGCAUAGUUUUCGGACCGAGUUGCGAAGGCGAGUUCGGGCACUGGCUCCAGGAGGCACUUCCACAAUCUUUGGCUUUUUCCAUAUUCGACGAGGAGAUUCCAAAAAGGUGUGCAACACCACGUUGCCCGACUUGGAAAGCUAUUUGAAAUGUUCCUUGAAUGGAACGGAAUCAACAGGAAAGACUAUUACCCUCUUGAUGGGCAGCGACGAGCGAAAUGCAAAGUAUCGUCAACAAGUUUUGGACUUGGUGAACAAUAGCAGCAAUGCAGCAUUGCCUUCUUAUCCUCACGUCUCCAUGCUGGAUGCGGACGCGAUUACCAAAGAAUUGAUGGAAGACUUGGUGGCACAAAAGGCCAUGCCGGAAUGGCUAUCGAGCAACCACUAUCAAUUUCUACUGCUACAAGGAAUUGGAAUGUUGGGAGCCUUUAAUUUCUCUUCGUUUUAUCUCAGCAAGAGACGGAGCGAUUGCCGUCCCUGCAACCAUCUCUUGACGGCCCACCCAGAACUCUGGAACUGA